AUGCCAAACAAAACCCAACCCCAGGUGGAUGUCGGCCAGUUGUCCCUACAAGGCCUGGGCCUGUUUUCCCCUCUUCUCGCUGCAUUUUCGGCAGACGAUGUGAACCCGGUGGCAAUGAUCCAGAUGGAGCGACUUGGUGCUGCAUUCCCGGUCAACGGACAGUACGCCUCCAAAGUCCCUGACUAUCUCCCGCGAUUCACAUCUACCCGACUUAAUUGGAUAGGCCUUCUUAUCGGUUGGCGGAAGGAUGAUGCCGCAUCAUAUAUAGUGAAAAUGGAGAUUUUCAACAGUCCUAUCAGUGUAGCAAGCAGCGUUCAAUUACGACGGGUUGCCAAAUAUCUAUCUUCAAAACAUUCUGUCAUUGGAUUUGGAAACAUUCUUACUGCCAAUGUCGGCCGAGUUCACAGCGCCUAUAGACACCUGCAGAAACCCAUGCCCACAGACUCUCUAGAUGUGAUGACCACCGAGUCGGCUGUCAAACUGUUCCAGUCUAUAUCUAAGGCCCUUCAGACGGAAAACACCCGUGCCCGCAUAUAUGGGACCCAAUCUCUGAGCUAUAUUUUAUCACAAGGGAAGGCAAAACCAUUUGCGUUUAACAAGCGUUCUUGGAGCUCAUCCCUUUCAAAGGAUGAAACAAGUCUGCCAAACAUUGUUUGGAGUCUCACCGCCGACAACCAUAAGGGAUUUGACACUGCAUUCGAAAAUCUUACCCACUGUUUUCGCUCAUUAACUCCAGGUUGCUCGUGCCCGAAUUCCUACCUUUCUCAUGGAUGGGGAAAAUUAACGAGAACAGCUAUCCUAAAGACAGACACCUGCUCGUAUUGCAAAGCCCUAUGGGAUGCUGUUGGGACCGCCCUGGGCCAUGGAGCGGCGUGCUUCUUCGCCAAAGCGGAUGUCAAUGCUAUAAUACCCUCACCUUCCUACCGUCGUGGAAUCAAUGCCAUGGAGAUUAUCACCGAAUGGCGAACUUUAAGGAUACCACCCCAUCCGUUCCAUCUGGAAGAGCGUUUCUCAGACCGAGGCCGCGAAGAUAUAAAAUCCAUUCUGGGCAUUUCUACUUCCUGCACUAUAUAUCCCAAUAGACUUCAAAUAAUGGCGCUAGACUUGGAGAACGGCGCUUAUUAUGAAGUAGUUGAUGGCGUGCUUCGUUUUAAUGGCCGAAACCACAAUAUGCUUUGCAGCGGCCCGGCAGCACAGAGGAACGAGCCCGAGGUCUUUGAACCACAAUAUUCUACUAGAGACAAAAUCGUCCCCUCCAGCGCAGGUGAACACUCCGAAUUGAGCCUUACAUUACGCGAGGUUUCAAAUUAUCUCCAGCUUCGGUGUGUGGUAGUUGUUGCAAAGACCAAUGUCCCAAUCGACCUCGAAGACGUGAUUCUUAGUUCCUACUUCGUUAAGCAGGCUAACCCGUGCGAGCAUCCCUCGAGUGCACCAUUCAAGCACGGCUGGAUCAAUGCCAUCACUACUUCUGUCGCGGCUCCAAUAACAACAAUCCCGUCGUGCGGAAGAUACUUCUUCAACGAGACUGCUGUUUGA